UGCACACACGCACAAGUCAAACGUGCAGCUAGAUAACCGAGCGAUCGUGCUGGUACCUGAGGUGUGCGUGUGUCCAAAGCUAGUAGCAGUAGUCGCGAGCUAGCUAGCCGGCCGGCGGCGACGAUGGGUUCACCGGCAUCGACGGCCGUCGCCGCGGUGGUGGUGGUCCUGCUGUGCGGCGCGUCCGCGCGCGCGCAGGACAUGGACAAGGAGUGGGCGCGGCCGCCGUACCGCGGGUUCUUCGGCGCCCCCGGCUCGAUGCUGCCGCAGUCGGACGUGGACCUGCUGGAGUUCCCGCUGAACCUCGAGUACCUGGAGACGGAGUUCUUCUGCUGGUCCGCGCUGGGGUACGGCCUCGACGCCAUCGACGCCAACCUCACCGGCGGCGGGCCGCCCUCCAUAGGCGGCCAGUCCGCCUCCCUCACCCCCUUCGUCCGCGACGUCGCCACCCAGUUCUGCUACCAGGAAGUCGGGCACCUCAGGGCGAUCAAGCAGACGGUGCGGGGCUUCCCGCGGCCGCUGCUGGACAUCAGCGCCGCCAACUUCGGCAAGAUCAUCGAGCAGGCGCUGAACGCGACGCUGGACCCGCCCUUCAACCCCUACGAGAACAGCGUCAACUUCCUCAUCGCCUCCUACAUCAUCCCCUACGUCGGCCUCACCGGCUACGUCGGCGCCAACCCCAAGCUCCUCACCCCUCAGGCCAGGAAGCUGCUGGCGGGGCUGCUGGGGGUGGAGUCGGCGCAGGACGCGGUGAUCCGGACGCUGCUGUACGAGCGCGGGAUGACGCGCAUGGCGAGCUACGGCGUCGGGGUGGCGGAGGUCACGGCGCACAUCUCGGACCUGCGGAACGCGCUGGGGCGGAGGGGCGUCAAGGACGAGGGGCUGGUGGUGGCGCCGGGGCAGGGGCCGGAGGGGGUCACCGUGGGGAACGUCAUCGCCGGCGACCACCUCUCGCUCGCCUACGACCGCACGCCAGAGGAGAUCCUCGGCAUCGUGUACGGCACCGGCAACCCCACCCAGCACGGCGGGUUCUUCCCCCAGGGCGCCGACGGCCGCAUCGCCAGGGGGUUCCUCGUGUAGCGCGCGGGCGAGCGGUGACGGGGAGCACAAGGGUGGGACGUGUAUCUGCGUGUGAAAGGUCAAAGAUGAGCCUGCAAGCUGUAGACUACACAUGUUUGUGUGUUGGCAUCAUGUAGUUGUUGUGUGAUCUUGUGGUGCGUGGGCAAACUGGAUAUAUGUACACAUCUGGAUGGAAAUAAACUGAAUAAAAGGAUGCAGUACAUUAUUGUGCGCAAA